AUUUUUGGAGAAAAGAAGCGAACCGAAACGUUGUCGUUUCCAGUGCAAUUCAAAUCGGACUCUCGGAGCACGAGGACCCGAAUUAUAUCAGAUUUAUGGCCAGAAAAGAGAUAUAGUUGGAGUCUGGAGUUUGUGUCGACGGAGAGAAAGUAGAAAAUUAGGCACACCGUUUUCCGGCGAAUUGGAUCCGUCGCCGGCAGCGAUGUGGGGGCGCCCAACUGGAAUCCCGUUUCUUUUGGCGGUUCUCGUUCUAAUUACCAUUUCUCCUUCGCGCGCAAUCUACUGCGACGAAGAUGAUUGCUACGAUCUGCUUGGGGUUUCUCAGAGUGCCAAUGCUUCCGAAAUCAAGAAAGCAUACUACAAGCUCUCUUUGAAAUAUCACCCCGACAAAAACCCUGAUCCAGAAUCGCGAAAGCUGUUUGUUAAAAUUGCCAACGCUUACGAGAUUUUGAAGGAUGAGGCCACCCGAGAACAAUAUGAUUAUGCAAUUGCACAUCCAGAGGAGGUGUUUUAUAAUACUGCACGUUACUAUCGGGCGUACUAUGGUCACAAGACGGAUCCUCGUGCUGUGUUGGUUGGCCUUCUUCUUAUUCUUUCUGGUUUUCAAUAUCUAAAUCAAUCAACAAGGUAUAAUCAGGCUGUAGCCAUGGUCAAGAAGACACCUGCAUAUAAAAAUAGACUAAGGGCAUUGGAACUUGAACGCAGUGGAGGGAUUACAAACAAGAAGAAGAGUCAGAAGAAUACAGACAAGAAAGUGGAGGAAGAUCUUAGCAAAGAGCUUGAGCUGCAGAUAUCGGGAGCUGAAAAGCCCUCUGCAUGGAAACUUGUUGGUGUCCGCUUUGUUCUUUUACCGUAUACUUUAGGCAAGCUGCUGUUGUGGUCUUGCUGUUGGGUUUGGAGAUACAAAGUGAAAAAGCACCCUUAUUCUUGGGAAGAUGCUUCUUAUUUGACACAAAGGUCCCUUGGUAUUCCUCUCGAUAGAUGGAAAAAUAUAGAUGAGGCAACAAAGGAAGAUCUUGUGCUAAGACGUUUAUGGGAGAAAACAAAUCUGGAGAGCUAUGUAGCAGAUAUGCGCAAAGAAUCAAAGCGCAGAAGAUAGCUGCUUUAGUUGCUUCAUCUGCUGCUUUUCAAGACAGGGAAAGGGAUAAGAAAUGGGAACGGGUGAGUCCUGCUCAAAGGCAUGACCAGGGUGCACUUGGGUGAUAUUAGAAUCUUGACAACAAGGCCAGCCGGGGAGUUCGGACGGAAGGAAACAAAGGAAGAUUAAAGGGAGGAGAAUAGUACAGAUGUUAAGUUUUCUUUUCUGUUUUGAUUUCAGAAAUUCUUCAAAUUGGAAGAUUUUAAAAAUGGACGAGAGAUUUCGAGCGUUAGAUGACAUGACAAUAUUCAUUUGUUCUUUUCAUAAUUUUAUGUAUAACUCAAACAUCAGUAAUCAUUGUCGUAUUUAGGAUUGUAGAUAUCAAAGAGUAUCUGGUUUUUCUGU